UCACGAACUUUUUCAUCUUACAAGUCUCCCAAACGCGACGAAAUGAAAGCCUUUAUCGUUAUCUGCGCUCUCGUGGCCUGCGCUUCAGCCGGUAAUGAGAAGCGUGAGAAGCGAGGCUUCCUCAGCGGCCUUCAUUCCGUUGACAGUCUUUCUUACGGAGGCUCAUACGGUGGUAUUUAUGGCAGUAACUACGGUUAUGGUGGCUACGCGGGUUACUCUGCACCCGCCAUCAGCUAUGCAGCACCUGCCAUAAGUUAUAAUGCACCUGUGAUCAGCCAUGCAGCACCUGUAAUUAGCCACGUAGCACCUGUGAUCAGCCACGCAGCCCCUGUGAUCAGCUAUGCAGCACCUGCGAUCAGCUACGCAUCACCUGUGAUCAGCCACGCAGCACCUGUAAUCAGCCACGCAGCACCUGUAAUCAGCUAUGCAGCACCUGCUAUUAGCCACGCCGUACCUGCGAUCAGCCACGCAGCACCAGCUGCCAAAGUUGUCACUGUCAACAAAGUAGUGAACUCUAAGCGUGUCGUCGAUGUCCCAGAAGUCGUGAAGGUGCGCAAAGUGGUGUCCGAGCCGCAAGUAGUGUCCGUUAACAAGAUCGUAGCCGCUCCCAGCUACAAUAUUUACAGCAACGGACUGUCCGGGCUUGGAUACGGAUCCGGCUACGAUGCCCUUUACGGUUACGGUUCCGGUUAUGGAUACGGUUCUGGUUACUCUAACGGUUGGUGCUCCGACAUCACUCAUCUCACGAACUUUGCCAUCUUACAAGUCUCCCAACGCGACGAAAUGAAAGCCUUUAUCGUUAUCUGCGCUCUCGUGGCCUGCGCUUCAGCCGGGAAUGAGAAGCGUGAGAAGCGAGGCUUCCUCGGCGGUCUCCACUCCAUUGACAGUCUUUCUUAUGGAGGCUCGUACGGUGGUGUUUAUGGCAGCAACUACGGUUAUGGUGGCUACUCGGGCUACUCUGCACCCAUCAUCAGUCACGCAGCACCUGCGAUAGGCUACGCAUCACCUGUGAUCAGCCACGCAGCACCAGCGAUCAGUUACGCCGGACCUGCAAUCAGCCACGCAGCACCUGUCAUUAGCUACCCAGCAGCUGCUUUGAGCUACUCAGCUCCAGCAAUCAGCUACGCUGCACCAGCUGCCAAAGUUGUGACUGUCAACAAAGUAGUCAACUCUCAGCGUGUCGUCGACGUCCCACAAGUGGUGAACGUGCGCAAAGUGGUGUCUGAGCCCCAAGUAGUGUCCGUCAACAAAGUAGUAGCCGCUCCUAGCUACAACGCCUACAGCAGCGGACUUUCCGGGCUUGGAUACGGAUCUGGCUACGACGCUGGUUACGGUUACGGUUCCGGUUACGGAUACGGAUCUGGUUACGGAUACGGAUCUGGUUACGGAUACGGAUCUGGUUAUGGCUCUGGUUUCUCCAACGGUUGGUGGUGAACACAAUAGAACCUGUUCA